GACUUUGGUUAUCGAAAUCGCCGAAAUUAUCUAAACUAGAAGAUGUACGACCAGGAUGGAAGAGAUUUGGAUGAAUUUGGUGAAGAUUUMAGAGAGAGAUUUGAGAGAGUAAAAUCAGUCCACGAGCAAGUACAUGAGGAAUCGCACGUGCGACACAUGGAGCCCAACCAGAAAUUCCAAGAAAUUAAGGGAGCAAUGUCAGCAAAACCAAGCGUAGAGAAUGGUGGAAAAAAGGUGACAUGGCCAUCAUUAACGCAAGAUUUAGUUGGUUUUGGUGCUGAACAACUAGAGCCCGAUGUUAGAAGAUCUUCGAGAGUUGGAGAACCAAAGAAAUUUGGCGAAGAAGAAGUCAGAGCCGAACGAGCGAUUCGGUAUAGACGUAGUAGAUCAGGAUAUCUUGGAGAGCUGAGGAAGAAUUGGAACAGAGUACAAGAAUUGAUGAAGAGCCCUGAAGUCGACGUGGUAACACUAGAAGAUAGUGUCCAAAAGUACCUUGUUGAAUGAGUGGAGAGCCAACAAGCAAAGACCAAAGUCCCCAUCCGAAUCUGGAUUCAGUCGUGCUUCUAGUUCGUCUAGUAUAAAAGAGAAAACGAAAUUUAUGGAAGAAGCGAGACUUAGAGUAAAUGCGCUGAAGCAGAAACAAGAUUUAGAUCGCCAAAUGGAGCAGAUAGAAAAGCAAAAGGCAAAACUUAGCAGAAAAAUCGAGCUGAUAGACGCGGAAACCCAGGCGAAGCAGGCUGCUCUAGAAUUGAUGCUAGAACAAUACGUUACGGAAGAAAACGUUGAACAUUCCCGUUGGGAAAGCGAGAACCACAUUGAGAUUACGCCCCAGUUCAGCCGCCCACGGCCUCAAUCCCCAUUGAAAAGAGAUGACCAGUAUUCCAAGAAAACUUUCGUACCUGUACUGACUAGUGAAUUCGCGAUGAGAGGUACGCACAUGCAGGUUCCUGAUCCACUUCCAUCGUGUCACCACACCAUUCCCAGUGUUUAUACUAAUUGUUGUUAUACGAGCCCGAAAAUGGCGUCCACACCCGUUACCCUUACGGAGAAACUCCCUAGCUCGCCGCAAGUGAGCCAAGGGAUGGCGCUGAGAGCAUCGGCGUCGCCGUAUGUUCCAGCUGUUCAGAAUCCAACGCCGACAGAGUUUCGUCCCUCGUAUACCCCUCCAUCACUACCCAGAGAAAGUUCCAUGGUAGACGCUUGGACGACGAUAGCGCAAGCAAUCAAACAAGGUCCGUCCCUACCGAAAGUUGAAUUAAUGAAGUUUAGUGGAGACCCCCUGGAGUACGCAGAGUUCGUUACAAAUUUCAAGAAUAACAUCGAAAGUCAAGUGUCGGACGAGUCGCAGAGACUUACCCGUUUACUAGCACAAUGCGUAGGAAAGGCGAAGGAAGCAAUUAGAAGCUGCGUGAACCUCCCGGUUUGCGAAAGAUACGUUGAAGCGUGG